AUGGAUUAACUCAUGUUGAGCCACGGUGUGUACAAAAACAACAGAGGAUAAUGAAGUGUCACGUGCUUCAAAAAUGUGUAAAAAAUGUGACAUCUUUUGAAACAAUACUUCCCCUUUAAACGUAUCCACGAGGAACAGUGACAUCCACACGUUCUCAUCCCUCCCCAGUAAACUCAUCCCUGCAGGUAUGCACCUGAUCCGGACGUGGCUGCAGCUCCGUUGGCAGUCCGCUUCCAGCUGUUGGGCACAUCACUCUGCUAAUAUCGGCUUGAGAUCCUUUGUUUCCAUAGAGAGACUGAGGCCGACAAACCAAAAUGAGUUCGCAAAUCCGUCAAAACUUCCACCAGGAAUGCGAGGCUGCCAUCAACAGACAGAUAAACCUGGAGCUCUACGCCUCUUAUGUUUACCUCUCAAUGGCUUACUAUUUCGAUAGGGAUGACAAAUCUCUGCCACGUUUUUCACAGUUCUUUGAUGCACAGUCUAAAGAAGAGCGGGAGCAUGCAGAGAAGCUCAUGGGUCUACAGAACAAGCGAGGAGGAAGAAUAUUUCUGCAGGACAUUAGGAAACCUGAUAGAGAUGAGUGGGGCAGCGGCCUGGAGGCUUUGGAGUGUGCCUUGCAGCUUGAGAAAACUGUAAACCAAUCCCUGCUUGACCUGCAGAAAAUGGCAACGGAACACAACGAUCCUCAUACGUGUGACUUCAUAGAAAAACAUUUCCUGGACGAACAAGUCAAAUCCAUCAAACAGCUGGCUGACUGGAUAUCCAAUUUGCGUCGCAUGGGGGCUCCUCAGAGUGGCAUGGCUGAGUACCUGUUUGACAAACUCACUGUGGCUGAAGAGGGAAGUUAAACUAAACUGUGAUGUUGAUGA